GAUCUUCUGCUAAUUAGUAAAACUGGAAAUGGGAAAAGUGCCACGGGAAACAUGAUCCUUAAAGGAAAUUUCUUUGAAAGCAAGGCAGUCAUGACUUCGGUCACCAAACGCAUGCAGAUGCAUCACUCUGAAUUUAACGGUCGUACUAUCAUGAUUGUUGACGGACCUGGCAUUGUUGACACCGACCUAGACGAUGAGGCUGGUGUCAAAAUUGUUGUUGAUGCAAUUAAUAAGACCAUCGCGGCCAACCCAGAGGGUUAUCAUGCUUUUCUGUUGGUUGCAAGAUUUGGCGGACGAUUCACGAAAGAAGACAAGAAGACCAUCAAUAUUUUGAAGGGAAUUUUCGGGCCUGAUUUUGUCAAAAAUGAUUGCAUUCUGUGUAUGACAUGGGGCGAUAACUUUGAUGUCCGUGAGAAUGGACAAUUUAAACCUUGGUGUCUGGUUCAAACAGGUGUUUUUUAAAAAUUUAGUCGAAGAGUGUGGGGGUAGAGCUUUAUUAUUCGACAAUAAGACAAAAGAUAAGGUCAAAAUCAACCAACAGAUAAAUGAACUUCUUUCAUUGGUGGAUGGAUUGGCGGUUUCUGGACAGCGUUAUACAGAUGAACGUUCCAAAAAUGCUCAAGAGCAUAGAGAUCGCAUCAUGGUUGAGGCAAAAAUACCAAUGAUUGAAAGAAGUACAAUGAAGGAAGCCAGUCUUAUAAUUCAAAAAUUAAGUGACUUUAACGUGCAAUAGCCAGAGAAAAGAUUAACAAUUCUUGAAGGCCUUGCUGAGAGAGCACGAAAUCUGGUAGACAGUGUUUUGGCUCAAGAUAAAGGCACUGGCGCUCUGAAAGAUAUAAUCACCAACGCUAGAAACAUUCAAACCACCGUUCAGGAUCAAAUAAUAAUCACCAAGAUCGCUAUAGACAUUGGGGAAAAGGGAAAAAAACAUAAAAAAGAAAUCGACAUGCUAAAAUCACAGCAGGAAAAGUUUCUAUCGGAACAA